UACCCAAUGAUAUCAUUUUGUGUUAUGAUUUGUUCAAAACAGCGGGGAGGCGCCUAUCUGGGACAAGAUAAUCUGUCCCAGAUAGGCGCCUCCUCUCAUUUUCAACAAAUCAAUGCACAGAAUGAUAUCAUUCUGAAUGAUGGUUGGCUAGGAGCGUGCUAUGUGGUGAAGCUCUGUUUUAACAGUGUAUGUUGUUCCAGCCUCAGAACAUCAGUUCUUUCAAGUCUUCGGCUAGCCGAGAAACGGACACUAGAUCGCCUCCAACCAUGAUCCGAGUUUCCCUCGUCCUGGUCUUUACGUUUGGACUUCUGAGUUCGGGAGGUACUGUACCGGAUAGAAAUCAGCCACUCCUAACAACCACUCCUGCUUCACACCUUGACUUGGACACGACAGGAGCAACUGAGCAGGCGAACCUCACAGUUCCCCGAAGAUUCAGUGUACCCUCGACGUCAUCAAAACGGAGUAUCACAACAGAAGUGCGGAACGCCACUAUCCCGAUAUCACCAGUAGAUGAGGGUGCUCCUGUGAACACGACGUCGAUCCACUCUACUGGUCCUGUGUCCAACGCUGUGUUGCAGAUAAUGAAGAACUCUAAGACGUUAUCAGACAGUGUACAGCAGCUAUCAGGUGAUGUGAAGCAGCAUAAAAAUGCAGCCGAGGAAGCAUUUGCCCGGUUGAGCAGGAUUGAGUUGGUUCAAGAGCGUCUUCGUGACGUUGUUAAUAAGUCGACAAUAACCAGAGAGAAGAACGAAUUAUCGAUUUCGGAUAAUCUAGAGUCACUUUCUUCUUUUAUGGAUGACCUUAAGGUGAGCAGGAUUGAAGAAGUCCGUGCAAUAAAAUCUUCUAUUGCGCGUCUAACAGAUGAUGUGGAGAAUAAACUAUCGAAACAGCUUGAGAACGUAGCGAAUUCGGUUCGCAGUAAAUACUCUUUCGACGCCGUAAACGUCACAAAAUUCGUAGAGAUGGUGAACGUGUCAGGAGUAGAAUACAUCGAAAGCGAUUUGUUUGUCGUCUACGGUCACACAGCCCAUCUUAGUCUUGGGGUACAUCUUGUUGAGAACGAAACGUGGUUAGGCAUUUACCUUCUCCUGUGUCGUGGCGAAGAGGACGCCCUUCUUCAAUGGCCCUUCAGGGCGAACUAUACACUUUCCAUUUUCCAUCCCAGAGAUCCGGCAAAGGACGUGCACAAAACAGUCAAUAUCGAUCAAUACUGUCCAGACUUCUCAGAGAAACCAAAAGAAAGCUGUAACCCGGGUUGUGGUUUCGAGAAGUGUUUAUUGUGGGAUACAGCUAAAGAAGACGGCUACAUUCAUAACGGCGCCAUCACCGUAGGUAUAGCGCUUCGUUCAUGAACGAGGAACUAGUAGUCUUGUGUCUCAAAGUUACCGUUAACAGAAAGACUUUCCCGAAUAGUAUAUACUCUUCGUUCUCUGCAAUCACGUUAGAGUACCCCCCGAGCAGAGUUGAACAAAUUCCCUCACGGUAUUUGCCCGCACCUCAACUCUUGGCAGUAGACGCUUCCCCUCACUGCAUCGUUCUCACAGAAGUUAAAUCGAUCCUAGGCCUUGAAAACCUCAUCUCCCCCAUUCUCCUGGCGGAUCAGAGCUGGAACUGAGCUCAUCCAGCCUCGGCCUCACCGAUCCGAAUUGACUGACACAGGGCUCGCGCUGAGCCUGUGACUGCGCCUCUUUUCUUUCUCUUUUUUUUCUUUUUUUUACGCGGGAAUAGCAAGUCGGCUCUUGGAGCCAGGCUGACCUUUCCCCUCUUUGUUUGCUUUUUUUUUUCUCUUUGCAAUAAACCUGUAUCCCCCCCCCCCUCGCUUCACCUCUCAUUUCCUUCUAACAGUUUUUGUCACCUCACCUGGAUCCAUUUCCUAAAAAUUUUACUCACCUCACAAAUUGUUGACAUUUUAGUCACCUCGCCUCAAUACUUUUUCUGAUAAUUUUUUCUCAGGCUUUUUUCUGGAAACUUUCUGUCGUCUGACCUCACGUCAAUCUUUAUUCUAGGAAUUCACCUCACCUAACCUUACCUCAACAUGAGUGAGAUGAGAGUGAGGUGAAGGUGAGCACGUCCUCACCCUCAUUUGCUGUCGUGAGGAUGCUCCAUCUCUGCGCUUGAGGUAUACAAUAAUAAUCCAGGCGCGUGUGCAGGAUCAAAUAGCAGCAAUUGAUGCAAAUGUGGGUGAAACCUGAGUUGCAACACUUGCGUUCCAAAUCAGUUGCACAAAUUUGUAAGCGUUAAGUGUCGCGUUCCCCCAUCUAGGUUUCAUUGUGUCGCUAUACUACUAUACGUUACUCUAGUGCAAAGGUUGGCACACACUGGCCAUUUCGUCCUUGCUUCUUACCGCUUCCUACGAAUAAACUUUCCUCUCUUUAGCAUGUAUAGCAUUCUGAGUGUUACGCCGCGAGACAUCUACUACUGUGUUUUACGUCGCGGUACUCGCUGUGUCAAUCAAUUUUGGUACUUGAACGUUUCUUGGUGUUCCCAAGAGUAUUAGUUGGUGUAAGCAUACUCCUUUGUGAGAUGUGUGUUCUGUUAUACGGGGCGAUUGUCGCGAUAGGGCGAUCCAAGUGCCCAUUACCCAUAUGUAACCAAAAGCGAAUAUUCUGGAAUAAAGUGCCUGACCCAACGCUUA